AUGCAGUCUCUUGAAGCCAAGGACGUUGACCCGGACUCGAGUGACAUGGAAACAACUCGAGAUCCUGCAGAGAUGGAAGGUCGUGCGGAGGACAACAUUGGAGAUGAGGAGGAGGACCAGGAAGGGGAGGAGGUUGGGGAGUACGAGAAUGAAAGAGACGAUGAGGAAGAAGACGAUCACAACUAUGAGAUCACGGACUUCUCCAUGGUUACCCCGUGGGAGCGCUUCAUUCAGGACGUGGAGGACAUUCUCAAGAAAUGGGGCCUCGAUGGUGGUAAGAUGGGCCAUGGGUGGGAUGGCGACUUCCCAGCAACGAGGGAGCACACGCUUCUCAACAGCUCGAAGACAAAAGGGGUCCAACACAGAAGUAUCAACCUGGAGUAUGCUGGCCUAAAACUGAUCCUGCGGCACGUGGUGUGGCUGCCGGAGGGGCAGAGCGGGAAGACGGGGAGCGUGUGCGGUGUGGAGACGAUCUGGAGCAAGCGAUCGUCUGCUGCAACAUCCUCCAACUACAUCCACGAGCUAGGGGGUUGCCACGGCAUCGCCAACUACCUCAUCCUUGUCCCUGAUACUGUGCAGAAGACGCUCUUCCUCGGGCCAGCGCUGACUCAUCAGGAGUGUACAACCCUGCGAUCGUCCCUAGCGAUCGCCCAGAGGAAUGUCGGGUGCAUUGUCCCUGGGUUCACCCCGUCUGGACCCCGCGCGUCCCCUUCGAGCAUAGCGGACUACCCCUACACCUUCCAGGGGCUGCAGUCUCUCUACAAGGUGUUCUUUGGCAAGAUCAACCGCCUGAGCUGCUACCUGGAUGCUCAGCCCUCGCAAGAGACGGCCGACUCGAUGCGAUCGCCCUACGGAGCGAUCCAGUACAUGCGCGCCCGCCACUGCCAUGCUGAAGACCAGGUGUUGCUGUCGCUAAGAGACACUCAUUAUGCCAUCGAGCACGGACUGAGCAAGAACCUUGCUCGUCCUCUCUCGCUUCCUUUCAAUGAAAGCAUUCAUGCGGGAAAGCUCGAUGGCAAGGGAGAAUGGCAGGAGCCAAGAGCCAAGGCAAGCGCUAGUGACCCGCCCUGGGGAUCAUCGACGGCAGAAAUCAUGGACCGACUCACAGUAGAGCUCACCUGGACCGAUUUCCAAGAAGAAGAAGUUCCGAGAUGCGAGAAAGUCUCCCGCACAUCACGAUGCGGCCUGCCCAUCUCCAGGGUCCAGCACAUGAGCGUCGCCUGUCAGUUCAUCGAGGAGCUGCCCUGCCGUCUUGCAGAGUCUCUCGAGAGGAUAUGGGAAGUAGACGACCCCAUCCGGUACGCCUUCAAACGGGGGAUGAACCUGCGGGAGACGGCAGGAGCGAAAAAUCUGCCGAUCAAGGCGCUGCAAGACGCUCUUGAAGAGUGCUUGCCGUCUGAUCCCGACGGCUACACUGCAGAUGGCCAAUGCGUCAGCACAUACAAGCCGAGUAACUCUGAGAUUGCGGUCUGGAAGGAUCUGAAAGUCAAGGCGGCGCCUCCUGGUUCUCUUCUUGCCGUUCUUGCGCGUCAUGUGGCAGACGAAACAAUCUCAUCAAACUUGCGAUAUGUGAGAAAUCAGAACAUUAGACGCUCACUUGUCGACAUGCUCACUAUCACCGUUGUCAUCAUCAGAAUCAACAAGAUUAUCAGGAAGAAAAGCACCAUCAUCACCACAAUCACAACCACCACCACCACUGUAAUUAUCAUCAUUAACGACAACCACAACCACAACCACAACCACAACCACAACAACAACAACAACAACAACAACAACAACAACAACAACAACAACAUCAUCAUCAUCAUCAUCAUUUUCACUAGCGGCACCACCAUGAAUCUUCCCCUUGAGCAUCUCUUUCUCACUUCUUCUGCUCAGGUUGCAGUCCUCUGGUCUGAAUUCUUGAACGAAAUCCGCUGGUGCUGGGAGCAAACUCUCCCCAUCCCGCGGCUUCCCGAGAUCAACGAGAACCAUCUAGUGGACAUGGAAGCUUGUCUCAUCCACCAGAAGCUGCAGCUCAUCAACCUCUGCAUUAAGAAGAAGGAGAACUAUAGUCACAAGGUCGAUCAAGAAAGCCACUCUUUGGAAUUCGACAUGAACAUCAUCGAGAGCCUCCAUCGCUCCCUGCAAGACACUGAAAACGAGCAAUCGCCAAGAAAGCAAGACAACGCACAAGCAGACGGGGGAGUAGAAAGAUCAGAAGGAAUCAUCAUGAACAUCAUCAUCAUCAUCAUCAUCAUCAUCAUCAUCAUCAUCAACAACAACAACAACAACAACAACAACAACAACAACAACAACAACAACAACAACAACAACAACAACAACAACAACAACAACAACGACGAGGAUUUCCAUGAUGCGCAAGAAUCAUGGUCUCCUGCUUGCGACGAGGUCAAAAAGGAUCUUCCGCGUCUGAUCAACUUCGACGCAUCAUUGAAGGAUCACCUUGAGAAAUCCAUCUUCAUGUCUUUGCAGUACUUGGAUCAACUGUACAAAGAUGAACAGCGGCAGCCAGAGUCUUCUUCUGUUCUCAUUGAUGAUUGA